AUGUUUACAUAUACAAAUUCAUUUUUAUUAUUAAUAAUUAUAAUCUGUUUAACAGUAGAAUCUUUUAAAUUAAUUGAAUCUCAACCACAACUUACUACAACAUUUUCAAACAAAUACACAUUUGUCACUCCAAUGUUUACACAUAAACUCAAUACUAAAUUAUACGCCAAAAAUGAUAAUAAACGACAGGUAUAUAAUAAAAGAGAUAUAGUAAGUGAAGUUGGUGAGAAAUUGAAUAAGACUCAGAAAGAAGUUGGUCAAGUAGUAGAUGAAUUUUUAUCAUCUAUAAAACGUCAUUUAUCAAAUGAUUCUGAAGUAAGUUUAUCGAAGUUUGGUGUGUUUAAGAACAGUUUACGUGGUGAACGUAGAAUGAGGAAUCUACAAACUGGUGAAAUCUUUACUGCUAAACCAGUACAUGUACCUACAUUAAGAUUCUAUGAUACUUUCAAAGCUGAACUUAAUGAUAAACUCAAAUCUAAAGAUAAACGCAAUUAUUCUUCAUACAAAUAUUAA